AUGUUGUGCGUGAGAGCUCUUCUCCUUUUUGAUGCUUUAUCUUCUGUUGUCUCCUUUUUUUUUGUUUGUUUCUUUUUUUCUGUUUGGCGGAGUUUAUUAUUAUUAUUAGGGCUGAUGUGUCGCGCUGAUGGCAAGCAAUUGGUAAAAAGGAAUCUGGUGGUGGCCGUUCUUGCUCUGGUCUUCUCUUUUGUUACGGUGGAUGUAUACUUGGCAUCAGAGGAUGUGCGGUCAUCCGCGGAGCCUGCACCGCGUGUGUCAGAGCUUGCCAGAUCCUCAGGGGUGCGUCUUGCCGCGUUGCCGUCUCCUCUAAACGAAGUCACCGUACUGGUGGCAAAGCCCUUUGGAGCAGCGGAUGUGUUUCACAAGGUGGCGCGUUUUUUCACAAAGAAUGUGAAACCUGUUGCUUCUGAGGAAAAUACUCGCGCAGUGAAUUUCCGGAGCGAAAGUGAGAUCAUGAAGGAGUUGCUUAGCUCGGCCUCCGCGAACAUGGGUAACGAGGCAAAGGUGCUUCAUCUCUGCUCUGCCAACUCCUGCGUCGGGCCAUACCUCUCACAGCUCCACGCGAAGCGGGCCAAACAGUCGCUUGGACGCUCGAUAAAAGUAUACGCUUUGGUGUACGGUGAUUUUUUCGUGGGGCGUGGCGUUGAAAAUGACCUUCAAAAUCUUGGUGUACUGAUCUCCACAGUUGAUUAUCCGUCGAAGGCAGAAUCUGCCAUGCCGCUUAUUGGUGUGAUUGACGAGAAGAACCCCAACAUCGCAGCGGAUGCAAUCUGCUCGGUCAUGGAGAAUAGCUGUCAAUACAGAAUAUGGGAUAAAGGCACGCAGCCGCAAAUUCCUGUUUCAUUGAUUCCAUUCAGCUCGGUGAGCUUUGGCAAUUCACCCCUUUUAAGGACGCGGUUUGAUGUGGUUCACAUUGAUGUCAACUGGGAUGAGGCGCUAGCUUCCAUUUGCUUCCUUAGAGGUGUGCUCUCUUCAUCCUUUCGUCCUUCACACAUUUAUUUGGCAAUAUACGCAUCACCGCUACUUGAAGAUAUAUUGCUUUUGGUGAACACUCUUCGAGAGCAGGCGCAUUAUCAUGUUUUUCUUGCUGGGGGACGGUGCAUGGCCGCCCACGGUGCCUCUGAUGUGCUCUCCCAUGAAAAACUGAGCAAAUUGCUGCGAUUUGAGAGUCCUCAGCUUCCUUCAAAGCUGAAUUCGCGUGGAUAUGCAAUGGAACCCCUUUGUAUGUUGUUUCUCUCGCAGUCAUUGGAAUCUUUACCGCAGCUACUUCAGCGCGUGAUGCCAAUUGACGGGGCACAUGCCAUGGCGAACUUUAUAUUUGAGUUUUCGUCAGGCAGUGGACCUGUUGUUACCGACUCGGAGUCCAUUGGAGUGUGGAGUGCAUUGAACUACUUAAUGCUUGCAGUACCUUUUGUGGUAGCAGGAUUAUUGAUUUGGAGUUUCCUUAGAGGGCAGUGCCGGCUACGAACCGUGGGCAGCAAUGCGCAUUAA